GUUUCUCCGAAGUACUCAGGGAUACCAAAUGUGCAGAUUAAAUUUUGUGCAGAGUCCGUGUGUAGAUGUUUAUUGAUUUGCAGAUAUUUGCAGUUUUUCCACGUUUCUGCAGAUUUUUGCCAGAGUCUCUUUAUAUUUGCGCAGAUAUUCUUAAAAUGUGUGCAGAUUUUUACAGACUUUUGCCUGCGCGAGCGUUUUUUUUUCGGAUCACGGGGCACAUUUUUCCGAUUUUUUGAGCAGUAGCAGACAUUUUUCAAAAACAUCUGGCAUCUCUGAACGUACUACAUAAACAAUAAAUAUCUGUUCUUGGUCGAUAGAAUCGUAACUGGCGGGUAUGCCCGUAAUUAUAAUUGCUGGUCUUCCCGCUAGCGGAAAAUCGUUUCGCAGCGCUGAAUUGGUUAAUUAUUUCGAAAAUCGAGGCAAAAACGUAAAUCUAGUUUCGGAGUGGGAUCUUAUACAACUAGCUGGAUACAACAAGAAUGAGCAUUUUCGGGAUCCCCAGAAGGAAAAAUUAGUGCGAUCCAGUAUAAAAUCAGAAGUUGCUCGGUUGCUCAACAAAAAUGAUGUCGUGAUUGUUGACGGCACAAAUUACAUAAAAGGGUCCCGUUAUGAAAUAUUCUGCGUGAGCAAAGCUACGAGGACUACUCAGUGUACAAUUUAUUGUGCCAUCGUGAAGGAUCAAGCAUGGUGUUUCAACGAAUCAAGAACUAAUAAAGAGGAAACAUAUGAUAAAGAUGUAUUCGACGCUCUUUGCAUGAGGUUUGAAGAGCCCCAGCAUAAUAAUCGAUGGGAUAGUCCCUUAUUCACUUUAUUUCCGGAAGAGAAGAUUGACGAAGAAAACAUUUAUAAUGCUCUUUAUAAUCAACAUGCUCUAGUUCCAAAUUUAUCCACUCAAAAUGCUCCCCUAAAUUCGACCAAUUUCCUGUUUGAGAUGGAUAAAAUUACUCAGGACAUCAUUUCACAGGUAUUGACGGCGCACAAAUUAGGUAUGACAGGAUCUGUAAAAUUAGCCAACCAAACUUUACUGAUAGAUAUUCCGUCUGACUUAAAUCCUUCACAAUUGAACCGGCUGCGAAGACAAUUUCUCAAUUACAUGAAAUUACACUCAUCCUCUGAUUCUUCAGUUAAAAAAAUUCCUUCUAUGUUUGCACAAUUUCUUAACUCAAACUAUCGAUGAUUACAAUAAAUCCUUUCAAGAGUA